AUGACCGAAAACAAAGUGAAUCUUGCCUUCAAGGAACAAAAAGGACGUUGUUUAAUCACAAAUCAAAAUGUUUCACAAGGUGAUAUUCUAUUAGUAUCGAAACCAUAUGCCAUCGUUCCAUCAAUAACGAAAAAAAAUGAUAUAUGCGCUAAUUGUAUAUGUAUUUCGAAACACCAAACUCAUCCAAGAGAGAUGAUCGUAUGCCGAAAAUCUUGUCAUCAUGUAUUUUAUUGUUCUAAUAAAUGCGAACAACAACAUUGGGAAAAAUUUCAUCAAUAUGAAUGUUCGUUUCUCGAUAAAGUAUGUGCCUUACAAGAUAAUGAUUACGUUAUUAACUAUGCUCUACUUGUCAUGCGUAUGCUUACUCAACGAUUACAUGAUAUAUUAAAUACAUCACCGACUGUUUCAUCUGAAGAUGUUUGGACGAUGUUAUCACACUUUGAUGAAUUUACAAAAGAGAAAAAGAAUGAAUUUGAAACGGUCGCCAAAAUAUUAACAGAAUAUAUAUUGGUUAAACUCAUUCCUCAUUUAAUCAAAGAUAGUCAUGAAUUUAUUGGUUCUAUUCAAUCCUUUCUACCUGAUCACACAGAUGCUAAAAAAGUCGAAAUUAACAACUCUGAUCAAUGGUUAUCUCAAAUGAUUCAUUUAUGCUUACUUUUCAAUGAUGAUACUACUAUCAAAGUAGUAAAAUAUCUACUAAAUAAAGUAUACAUUGUUAUCUGUAUGGAAGAAGUAAAUUCAUUCUUUCAUAGAACAUUCGUAUACGAUGGAUACUCUCAACCACCUCAUGUCUAUGCACUGGGAGUGUACCCAUUUGCUACUUUUAUCAAUCAUUCAUGCUCACCAAAUGUAGAACGUUUUUCAGCUGAAGAAGAUGGAACCAAAUUUCAUAUGGGUGAUAUUGUCUUCUUUGCAACACACUUAAUGAAACAAGGUGAAGAACUAGGUUUAAGUUAUUUGAAAGGACAAUAUGACCUUUAUAUCAAAGAUCAAGUUAAUGCUGAUGAAAUCAUCAAUAGUCAAGUAAAUAGAAAACAAAGAAUCAAAAAUGAAUAUUUCUUUGAUUGUGAAUGUACACGUUGUUUGAAUGAAUCCAAAGGUGAACUUGAUAAAUCUUUUAUGAAUUUCGUAAAAGAAUUCAAAUGUACCAAUUUAAAAUGUCAAGGUUGGUUUAUUCCAUCCUUUGAAAAACAGAUGUAUUGUGAAGCAUGUAAAAUAUCACGAUAA